CAGCACAGAAGUGUCGUGCGUGAGUUGUAGAUUUCGGUUUCCUCGAGCAAACAGUUCACAAAGGUUUAGUACAGAAAAUGUCGGAAAACGAAGCAAAGUUUGACUCCGUUUUGUUUGCGAUGGCAGAACAACAUUCCGGUGGCGUACCGGAGAUGUUAGCUACAUUCGCCGGGUUUUUGAACAGAAAGACUGACUUCUUUGUUGGCGGAGAUGAAGGCGAGUGGGAGAAGCUGGUGUUACAAAUAUUCCGACGAGAAGCAGCGAACGCACAGGAAGUGGCAAGAAAAAAGCGCGAGGAGCGUGAGGCAGCAGAACGAAGACGUCAGGAAGUGCUGCGCAAGAAAAAGGAGGAGGAAGAACAAAGCAAUUCAGCUUCCAUUACCGAGCUGACCGAGGAAGAAGCAGAACAAUUGCAGAAGGAACUGGAUGCGAAAAAACAAAAAGAAAGUGAACCACCCGUGCAAACAACACCAACAGAUGAGGAAUCAGCAACUAAAGCCGGAAGUGAUACGGACGACGUAGAGCCGGGUGAUGAAGGUAAGCUGAAACCAAACCGCUUCAACGGAUGUGAUCUGGACAAAUACAGUUGGACACAGACGCUUCAGGAAAUUGAGUUGCGCGUUCCGUUCGAUGUUAAGUUUACUUUAAAAGCGAAAGAUGUCGUUGUAAACAUGCAGCGAAAGACACUGAAAGUAGGCCUGAAGGGUCAUCCGCCGGUCAUUGACGGAGAGCUAUGUGCAGAGAUCAAAAUGGAGGAUUCACUCUGGCACUUGGAGAAAAAUGCGGUAAUAAUAACGUUUGAAAAGAUAAACCAAAUGAACUGGUGGGACAGGCUGGUGAAAACGGACCCGCCUAUUAACACGCGCAAAAUCAAUCCCGAAUCGUCGAAAUUGGCCGAUCUGGACCUAUCGACGCGCAGCAUGGUCGAAAAGAUGAUGUACGACCAACAUCAAAAGAAUAUGGGUCUACCUACGAGCGACGAGCAGAAGAAGCAAGAUAUGCUAAAAAAGUUCAUGGAACAGCAUCCUGAGAUGGACUUUUCGAAGUGUAAGUUUACCUAAACGAUCGAACCGGGUUCUCGAACAGUGCAAUCGAUUUGAAAAUCUCCGUUUAACAUGCUUUUCACAAACCAAUCGAACCGCAUGGUGCUCGAUGCUGGUGGUGCAUGACAAAAUUAGCAGGUGUAAUGAUCGAUACUCCAAGGUUUAGCAGGUUUUAAGAAUGCUGCCGCGCUCUCAUAGGCCAUCGCCAUUAACCAUGGUAUGUUUGUACUUUUGUGAUGCAGAUAGCGUGUAGCAGGAGCACUGGCUCACUGCUACGUUUACUUUCCACGUAUUAUAUUGUCAUUUCCACCCAACGACGUAGAAAAUAGAGUAUGAUCGUUUAAGAGUUCCUUCAAAUUGCCGCUUUGUUCUAACGCGUGCCGAAAGAAACAAAACUAUUCUUUCGUAU